CCAAAACACAGCGAAGAAAAUCACGAGCCUGUCAACAAGAGCUAUCUGUCAAAGCAGCAGAAAUGUCAACAGAUCGCCCUCAUAUGAAGUAUAAAAACGUUUACGGUUGAGAAUCAAUGUGAACUUUUCCCUGUGAUUGAUUGAUCAUCAGUGGGAGCACAGAUCCAUAGGGUGACCAUGGCCACCCAUCCAGCACCUCUGCCCUUGAGGGAGUUCUGCCCCCUCUACUACCUUCUCAAUGCCAUACCUGCUAAAAUCCAGAAAGGUUUCCGUUCGGUCCUCGUCUACUUGACCGCACUGGACAGCAACAAUGAUUAUAUAGCCAUUGGCAGCAGCAUCGGUAUGCUGUACCUUUACUGUAGGAGAGUAAGCCAAAUGAACAAAUACAAUUUAGAGGGCAAAUGUGAAGCUAUUACUGCAGUGAAAUUGCUGAGCUGUUUCGAUGAUCUUGUGGCUGUUGGGACGGCAUCAGGCCGGGUUGCAUUCUUUCAGCUUGUGUCACCAUUGCCUGGUAGAAACAAACAGCUGAGAAGGUUUGAUGUUGUGGGUUUGCACAAAAGCACAAUUACUGCAUUAGCGUGGAGUGCUAAUGGCAUGAAGCUCUUCUCUGGUGAUGAUAAAGGGAGGGUGGUCUACUCUGCUGUGGACUUGGAUCAGGGAGUGUGUAAUCCAGUGGUCCUCUUUGAAGAGCCUUCAGCAAUAGUUCAGUUGGAAUAUAGUCAGAAAGUACUUUUGGUUUCAUCCUAUCAGCGCUCGAUGCUCUUCUACACGCAAGAGCAGUCGCAUCAUCAGCUGGGCACUAAACCACGUAAAAGUAAUGGCAAAUUUGGUGCCUGCUUCCAACCAGCUUUGUGCAAGCAGAGCGAUCUGGUGAUUUACGCAUCCAGGCCAGGGUUGCGUCUGUGGAGGACAGACGUGCGAGGACGUGUCGGGGAGACCCACGUCCUAAAGCCACUUUUUAAUCAGGAUAUACCUCAGUUUGAGCUGUUCCCUCGUUCAGGCCACAAUGGUGGCUAUAAACCUUCAGAAAGACAGUUGGGAAUAGUCAGCUGCUUCCUGAAGGAGGGCUGGGUCCUCAGCUGGAACGAAUAUAGUGUUUAUGUUGUGGACUGUACCAAUCAAGUCAUCAUUGGAGGAUUGGAAAGCAGUGGAGAUAUAGUGUCUGUGUCAUGCACUGAGAAUGAAAUCUUCAUUCUGAAAGGAGAUCGGGACAUUUUGCGGAUCUCAAAUUGCCCUGAGGGAUUGGUUUCUAACCUAUUAGACCACUCCUACCGUUUUACAUCUCCUCUUUCCACACCCACUAUUUUGCUGCCUCCUAAUGGCUCCGUCGAAACCGCUCAGCCAAUCAGGACCAUGCCCAUUAUUACAGAGCAGGAGACUCAAGCCAGUCCUAACUCAGAGGAGGUGCAUGAUGAAGUUGAGGAGUCAGAGGAGGUGCAGGAGGAGCAGCAUCUGGAGGAAUUCAGUCAUGUGGUAGAGGCUGUGGAGGUGGCAGAGGACUUGGAGCAGCAGCGGGCCAGUUUGGGUACAAUGGAGUCCCGCAGCCGCAGCAGCUCGAUCACCUCAUGGGAGAGCACGCAGGGCAUGCUUACCGCCACAGAGGCCUCCACCUCGGAGCUUUCCUCCAGCCGGUACAGCACCAUCGCCCAAGAAGACUUCCAGCAGGAGCUAGUGGUCAAAGCUAUCAAGCUGAAGAAGAAAGGCAAGAGGAGACGACAGGAUAGUGGGAGUCGUGUCAACGAACGCAGCAGCUGGUCAGAGAGCAUCUUAAGCCAGGACGGUGCAGGCAGUGACGUUCUAAACACCCCCAUGAGCGAGCCUCCUUCUGACCACACCAGCCUCCUGUGCAGCAGCCUCGAUCUGCACAGUGCUGGCUCACCCGACCAGGACGGUUCCGAAUCCCACAACUCCGAUGCCUUUCCCAUUCAGAGCCCAUCAGAACCCUUACAGAGCGAAGAGCCUAGUCAGGAUCCAGUUAACCAAACCGCAGAGACCCUACCGCCUUGCCCUACAUCACUGUCACUACAAGACAUGGAGUGUCAGGUGUACAGUGAAAACGUGUUUGCAGAGAAUGAGCAAAUUGCAGCUACGCCUGACGUGGACAUGCUGCUGGAAUGUACCUUCUCAUACAUGCAGACAACUGACGAGCAGGACAUCAUGAAGGAAUACGUGAAGGAGGACAAAGACACCCUGAAGGAUUCAGAAGAACAUUUUAAAGAGAGUUUACAUGGAGACUUUAAUUUGGACUUAUCUUACGAUCCCAUUAGGCCGCUGGGUUACUCCCCAGAACCAGAACCCACGCCAUCUAGUGACGAGGAGGACAUCUACGCACAUGGAGUGCCAUCCAGUGCUAGUCUGGGGGAUGGACUGAAUGCCCUGAGCUUGCAAAGCUCAUCUGCUAAGCAGAAAGAGGACGAAGAGACGCAGCUCCUCAAAGCUGACCAGUUGGCUGAAAGUUGGAUGGGCUACACUGGGCCUGGCUAUGGCAUUCUCAGUCUAGUAGUGACAGACAGGUAUAUCUGGUGUCUAGACUUUAAAGGAGGCCUUUUCUGUAGUGGUCUUCUUAACGGUAGCUUGAGCUGGCAGAAGUUUGAGGAAAAUGUCCAUCAGGUGGCUCUGUCCCCAUCAGGCUCAUUGUUAUGGAAGGUGGAACAGAAGACCAUGACUGCUUACGCAUGCGGGAAAGUCACCAUCAAGGGAAAGAGACACUGGUACAAAGCUCUGGACGACACAGCGUUUGUAGCACUUGGUGAUGAGACAGCCUGGAUCAUUCGCACUAAUGGAGACAUGUACAUACAGACAGGGCUAAGUGUGGACAGGCCAUGUGCAAGGUCAGUGAAAGUGGACUGUCCGUGCCCCAUGGCGCAGAUAGCAGCACGGGGCAGUGUGGUGUGGGCACUGAGUGAGCAGAGGGGUGUGUUUUACAGAGAGGGUCUUAGCAGCUACUGUGCAGAAGGGGAACACUGGAAGUAUGACACCGUCAGUGAGAGCCAAGGUCUGGAACCCAUCUGUAUUGCUCUUGGUGAGAAUAACACAGUCUGGGCAUUGGAUACCAGUGGCAACUUAUGGUUCAGAACGGGGGUAACGGCUAAAAACCCCCAGGGUGAAGAUGACCACUGGUGGCAGGUGAGCAUCACAGACUAUGUGGUGUUUGAUCAGGGCAGCCUAUUCCAGACUCUGAUCCAGGCCACACAGACUGUCGCCACAGCCACCAGAGCUCCAGUUGAGCGGGUUGCUGAACGUCUGCGUGUGGCCUUCCUUUCCCAGCACUCUCAGUGCCAGCCUAGCCUCAUCAGUGUCAGCACCAGCGGCGUGUGGAUUGCUUCUGGACGCAAUGAGUUUCACGUUGCCAAAGGCAGCCUCAUCGGGACAUUUUGGAAGAGUAUUGUACCCAGAGGAACAGCCUCUGCCGCAAAAUGGGCCUUUGUGUUCUCCUCUGCUGUUCCAGCAAAAGAGGGGAGUUUUCUAUGGUUGGGUCAGAGCAGGAAAGACUUGUUCUGUAUCUGGGACCAAGACCUCCAGAUGCGGCCCUUCACCAUACAGUUUCCCCCAGAUGUAGAGAUGGUGCAGCUCUCUGCCUGUCGUGACGCUCUGUGGGGUUUAGAUCACUACGGCCGUGUUCACAUCCGCACUUUAUCUGCCAGUUGCUCCAUAGGAAUGCACUGGACAUUACUGGACCUCAGCCAGCUUGGACACGUGAAGUUUCUCAGUUUGUCUUGUGGCAGUCAAAAUGUUUGGGCGUGUGAUAGUAAUGGAAUGGUGUAUUUUCGGGUUGGAACUCAACCUUUGAACCCUAGCAUGAUGCUCCCUGCCUGGAUCUGCAUCGAACCUCCCGAACAGCCUGCAGGCCUUCACCUGGUGAAAAUUCAGACUAGUCCUAAUGACCGAAUGCUGUGGGCGCUGGACAACAGAGGCAAUGUGCAUGUGCGUGUCGGCAUUACUGAGGAGAUGCCUGUUGGAACUGCCUGGGAGCACAUUCCUGGACUACAGGCAAGCCAACUGGUUCUUAGUAUGAGGACCGCUUGGGUUCGCCUUUAUAAUGGUGAAGUGGCUCGACGAUACGGCAUUACAGAGAAGAACCCAGCUGGAGACUACUGGAAGAAGAUCCCAGGACUGGUCAGCUGGCUUGCAGUGACCCCGAUGGAUGAACUGUGGGCUGUUGCUCCUGCUGGAGCUCUCAACCAGCGCCUUACCAAGACUCUGCAAAACAAUAGGAGCAAAAACCAUGGCAACACAGGUUCUCUGAGUGGAGAGGAGCUGGAGGAAGAGUGGGAGGUGAUUUAGAUGCCACAAAUUGUGUCAAAGCAUCCCAGAAUCACUGUUCUGUGAAAUUUCUUUCUAGGCACUUUACUCAUUUCUUCUUAAAGGAGUAGUUCACCUAAAAAAUGAAAAUUCUGUCAUCAUUUACUCACCGUUAUGCUAUUCUUAUGCUCUGUUGAAACCUUUCUGAGGGUGUUUUUUUUUUUAAUACCUUGUGCACCUUGUGACUUGAAAUUGUUUACCCAUUUUGUUUUAUCCAGCACGUUAUGAAGUUUUAAUAUCCACAUACACAACAGUCAAACGUUUUUGAACAGUAAGAUUUUUGCUCACCAAGCCUGCAUUUAUUUGAUCCAAAAUACAGCAAAAAGAGUAAAAUUUUGAAAUAUUUUUACUAUUUAAAAUAACUGUUAUCUAUUUGAAUAUAUUUUAAAAUGUAAUUUAUUCCUGUGAUUUUAAAGCUGAAUUUUUAGCAUCAUUACUCCAGUCUCACGAUCCUUCAGAAAUCAUUCUAAUAUUCUGAUUUGGUGCUCAGAAAACAUUUGUUGUUAUUAUUAAGUUGAAAACAGCUGAGUAGAAUUUUUUCAGGUUUCUUUUGUAACAUUAUAAAUGUCUUUAUUAUCUUUUGACCAAUUUAAAGCAUCCUUGCUAAAUAAAAGUAUUAAUUUCUGUAAUUUCUACUAGUUUCUAUAAUCCCUAAAGAAAGCAGUUAUUUUGAAAUAGUACAAAUAUUUCAAAAUUUUACAAAAGUUUGCGCUCUACUUUGGAUCAAAUAAAUGCAGGCUUGGUGAGCGGUUAGAUCAAUUUUUUUUUUUUUUUUUUUUAACUCUUGUUCAUUUAAGAAGGAGGUUCUGUUUAUACAUUAUCAUUCAAAAGUUUGGGGUCAGUAAGAUUUUUUUACUUUAUUUUGUCUUUUAAGAAAUUAAUACUUUUGAGCAAGGAUGCAUUGAAGUGAUCACAAGUAACAGUAAAGACAUUUAUAAUGUUACAGGAGAUUAUGAUUUCAAAUAUUUGUUUUCCUUUCAACUUUAUAUUCAUCAAACAAUACCGAAACCAAAUCUAUCAUGGCUUCCACAAAAAUAUGAAGCAGCGCAGCUGUUUUCAGUAUUGAUAAUAAAAAGAUAUGUUUACUAAGAAGCAAAUCAGCAUAUUAGAAUUGCUUUUUAAAGGAUCAUGUGACAACUAAAGGCUGAUGUAUUGGCUGAUGAAAAUUUUGCUUUGCCAUCACAGGAAUGAAUUACAUUUAAAUAUCUAAAUAUAGCAAACAAUUAUUUUAAAUUGUAAUCAUAUUUUAGAAUAUUGUUUUACUGUUUUUGAUUAAAUAAAUGCAGCCUUGUUGAGCAUAAGAUACUUCAUUCCAAAAAACACAAAAAAUAAAUAAAAUCAUACUAACCUUAAGCUUUUGAAUGUUAGUGUAUCCUAAUGCACUUUGCUCACAACAUAGGGAAAUGUUUAAUGUGAAUCUGUUAAUAGCUAUGGUCAACUGCUUUAGAAGGAUAGAUUAUGUAAAUAUCUCUAAUUUGACCAAACACAUUUUAUUAUCAUUAUAGGUACAGGAAAUAUAUGCUACUACAAUAUAGUUCAGACUAACAAACACAUUUGGAAAGGCAGGGUGUUUUGUUUAAUUUUUUUUUAAAAUAUAGAAAGGGAACUUGGCGUAAGUUGGGUUUAGUUGAAGAAGGGAUUGAGCUUUAUCUGUAAAUACACUUGUACCUUGUUAAAUACACAGGAGUGAAAUCAUGGUAGCAUUUGGCACACAUCUGUGAGUCGUGUAGGGAGCAUGGUCUCUGACUUGCCUCUGUCUACACUGUUAGUGACGUAUUGCAGUUCAACGUGAGGUAUUUUAAAAGGACGGUUUGACUUUUAACUCUUAAAACAGAAACUAUUUGAACUUACUACUUGGUUGAUAGAAUCUAUCAUAGUCUGUUAUGGAAAAAUACUGUAUAUUAAUGCUGGGCGAGCAUUCUUCAUAUACGUCCAUAUAAAGAACGCAUCUUGAUGAGUAAUCUAUCAUAGAUAUCUAAAUAUUCAUUCAGUGUUAGGUCUGAUGUUUCAUUUCCUCUGCUCUCUCUUUAGUGUCUGACUGUGAAGUGUUUGUAAAUCUUUCUUUUUGAGAUUUUGACACCCCAGUAAUGCAUCAUAUGCAGAUAGAUUAAAAUUACCAUGUAAGCAUUGCUGCGAGUUGUUUUCGUUACUGAUACAUUUGCCAUUGUUUUGGCCUGAUCUGCCCCACUAGUUUUAGUUUUGCACUUUUAGACCAUAUUGUAAAUCAGAUUAAAGUAAUAAAUGUGGUACACUGGACAUGUAAUGCUAAGCCAGUGUGGUUAAAGUGGUGAUGCAGCUAAAUGUGAACUCACUAUGACUUAACAUCUGCGGUCUUUACUCCAUGCUUAGUCAUGACAAACUUCCAAAUAAAAUGUUUACAGAAAGAG